GUAUUCCAGAGUAAUCUGGCUGUAGAUUUUAUCAAAGGGUAUUCCGGCAAUCAACCCUUCCUCAUGGUGUUGGCACCGCCAGCUCCUCAUGCGCCAUUCACACCUGCCGAUAGACACAACGGCAAAUACAACGGCACGAAGGCGAAGAGAACGCCGAAUUUUAAUAUCCCCGUGCAUCAGGACAAACAUUGGCUAGUUAGGGAAAGUCCAACCCCUUUGCCAGACAAUAUAUUGCCAAAAUUAGACAAGAUAUACAGGAGGAGAUGGGAAAGUUUGUUAGCGGUAGACGAGCUCGUUAAGAACAUACACGACUUAUUGGAGGAGCGGAGUCUCUUGGACGACACAUACUUUAUUUACACCUCUGAUAAUGGAUAUCACAUUGGACAGUUCAGCAUGCCGAUGGAUAAGCGUCAACCUUAUGAAACAGAUAUACGAGUCCCAUUACUGAUAUCCGGCCCAGGAAUCGAGCCGUCUACGAUUUCCGCGCCAGUCAGCAGCGUAGAUAUCUUCGCCACGCUUUUAAACAUAGCUGGCGUGGAGUAUCCAUCGGACGGCACGACAUUAUUUAAUGCAAAUCAUAAUUUAUCUGGAGAUCGCACCGUUUUGAUAGAAUACAGAGGAGAGAGGUCCAACAAGCCGUCGUCGUCCGGUUGUCCAAGCGAUAGCGAUUUGAAUGUCACGUUAUGCGCGAAAGAAAUGGCGUGCAAGUGUCAAGACGCCGCGAACAACACGUUCAGUUGCAUUCGUCGCGUUUCGUCGAAUUUCAACAACGUCUUCUGCAUCUUCGAAGACGAUCAGAGAUUCGUUGAAGCUUACGAUAUGAAUGUCGACGAGUACCAAAUGGCAAAUAUCGGAUAUACCAUGAAGAAAGGAUUGAGACAUAGAUUCAGGAAACGUCUCAAGAGAAUGGUGGUGUGUCAGGAUGCGCAAUGCGUUUUCACAGGACCGGACAGUGAGUCUUAAUAAUAAUAAUAUACAUUUAUUAUUCUCUACCGUUAUUAUUUUUAUAUAUA